AUGUCCGAAGAUUUCAUGAGAAAUACUGAAUUGUCUGCUAGAGAAAUCAAACGAAAAGUUUUAGAGCAAAUAAAUGGUUUUCUACAGUCAAUGGGAAAAAAUAUAGCUUCAUUUGGCUUACUUCCUAAUAAUUACUCAUUCUCAGAUGUAGAGAACCAAACAAGAGAUGUAUUGGCUGAAAAAAUCAUAAAAGUCCUUGAAGAGGACUUAAAUGCAAUUUCUUUGCUUAAUCAGAACCAAAGGCAAGCAUUUGAAGUUAUAUCUAAAAGAGUUUAUGAAAAUAAGAAUGGUGCAUUUUUUGUUGAUGGCCCUGGUGAGACUGGAAAAUCUUUUCUUUAUAGAGCGUUGUUGGCUGAUAUUAGGUCAAAGGGCUAUAUAGCAUUAGCGAUAGCCACAUCAGGUAUUGCUGCAUCAAUACUAUUUGGAGGUAGAACCGCUCACUCUCGGCAAACCUUACCAGUGGUUCGUAAGGGAAGCCAAUCUGAAACCAUUGCUGCUUCUUUGAUUAAUUCCCCUAUUUGGCCAGCUCUUGAAAAAUUAGAGCUCACACAAAACAUGAGGGCUCGAUUUGAUCCCUCAUUCGCUGAUUUCUUAUUAAGGGUUGGUGAUGGCACUGACCAAGCUGAAGGUGACAGUCUCAUACAACUGCCUUCUUCUAUUUUGGUUAGCAACGGUUCACGGAAUGCAUCGCUUCAUGAUCUAAUAGAUAUGGUUUAUCCCCACAUUCAACAUAGAUCAGAAAAUCCUGCCUUGCCAUUAAAUCGAGCAAUCCUCAUCACAAAGAAUCAUUUUGUGGAUGAAGUGAAUGAUAUCUUAAUUGAAAAAUUUCCAGGUAUAGCAGUAGAAUAUCUGAGUUUUGAUCGAGCUUUGAAUCCAAACAAUCAAGUUCAAUAUGAAGAUUUUUUAAACUCCUUAUCUCCCAGUGGCCUUCCACCCUAUUGA